AUGGGUAUCAAAGGAAUUUAUAAAGAGAUCGGGCCGGGUGAGAGAAUCUCCCUAUGCAAGCUUGGCGUCGACAGUCUCAAGAAUACCGGCCGACCACUCCGGUUGGCCAUCGAUUUCUCCAUCUGGCAGUUUCAGGUGCAGGCGGGCAGAGGCGGCUCUAACCCAGCGAUCCGCACUCUUUUCUAUCGCCUAGUCCGGCUGCUCGGUCUCGCGAUAGAUCCGAUUUUUGUCUUCGAUGGGCCGAAUAAGCCCGCUUUUAAGCGAGGAAAGCGUUCUUCUAGGAACGGCGAUACAGUCGCCACCGCCAUGGGAAAACGGCUUAUUCGGUACUUUGGUUUCGCCGCUCAUGAUGCGCCCGGCGAGGCCGAGGCUGAAUGCGCCCUCUUACAGCAGCAAGGUGUCGUCGACGCCGUUUUGAGUGAGGACGUAGAUACGAUCAUGUUUGGUUGUGGGAAGACGCUCCGGAACUGGUCAGCGGAAGGUACCAAGGGAUCUAAAACGCCUACGCAUGUUACGGUGUACGAUGCAGCCGCUGUGGCCGAUGGUCCUACUAAGCUUGAUCGAGAGGGAAUGGUGCUCAUUGCCCUAAUGAGUGGUGGCGACUACGUCCCAGAGGGCGUUCCUGGAUGUGGCAUCAAGGUGGCAUGCGAGGCGGCCAAAGCAGGCUUCGGGCUGGAACUGUGCCGGCUUAAGAAAGCGGACAGCGAAGGCUUAGCUGCAUGGAAAACCAGACUGUUACAUGAGCUACGUACCAACGAAAAUCACUUCUUCCGGACAAAGCACAAAUCUUUGGAGAUCCCUGACAAUUUCCCGAAUAUGGAGAUUCUACGCUAUUACACGCACCCAGUAGUAUCAAACAAGACGACAGUCUCGAAGCUAAAAACGCAGUUUCCGCCAAAGCACGCGGUGGACAUUGCCGGAUUGCGGGAGUUUACGCGUGAGACGUUCGACUGGGAAUUCAAGGGCGGUGCCAUCAAGUUCGUGCGCGUCCUCGCACCAAGUAUCUUGGUUCGGCGGCUCCUUGAGGGGCAUAGUGAUGAUGGGUCUGACGGUGCGCCGGACGAGGUGCCAGAACUCAUGAAAAUUACGAGCCAAAGAACACACUUUAGCACGGACGCCACACCCGAGCUCCGGAUAUCAUUUACUCCAAACAAUGUCAUCGGGUUGGAUUUCGGCAAGGAACCAGAGGAGGAGGAGGCUGAGGCUUUCGGUCGCAGUGGCAUUGCCCUGAAUAGUGACGAUGAGUUUGAAGAAGAAGAGGCGGUCGGCAACGAGCAACCAAAGACGAAACCCAAGAAGCCCUUUGACCCGUUCCAGCCAGACCUAGCGUGGGUCCCAACGGCCCUUGUGGAGUUAAGUGCUCCUCGGGUGAUGAAUGUUUGGGAAGAGAAGCAGCAGGCAAAGGAGCGUCGGGCUGCUGAAAAGUCAACCAAGAAGCCACGGACCAAGAAGACUGAUAUGCCGGCUGGGGCAUUGGACAAGUACGUUAAGGUGACCAAAAGGACCGAGGCCGAUGCUAAGGCUACGACGACGGAUACUCCCCUUCCGACGGUUACCCCAUUAUCGUCGAAGGGCGCCAGUCAGCUAAACCCGCCUGCUCCCAAAGGGAGGGGGAAGCAGAACAAGAAGAGCUUGGCACCAAAUUUCGAACGGCCACCCGCGGGCAUUAACCCUUGGACUCUCGCAAGCUCACAAACUACUCCCCAGUCAGCCAAACGGUUUCUACCUACCAACUCUCAGGUUGAUUCCAGUUCCAAUCUCCUCCAAGAACCAAUACUCCUCUCAUCAAGCCCUGUUAUGCCUACGUCGCCAGUAACCACUCGUACAUAUCCAGAGGGAGAUGAGACAACGCCAACAAAGCUAAAGCGGCGGAGCCCCUCUUCAGAGGACAUGACCUCGCCACCCCGACGGCUGAGAGUGUCUCCGACCCUCACGAAACGGAAACUUUGGGUGCCUCCUCCAAAUCUAACCGAUGAUGAGCUACCGGCCCAAGAUGAUGAACUGCCGGUCCAAGAGGAUGAGCGAGCGGUACAGCGGGGACAGUCCAAGGGGGCCAAGAGCAAGGCGGGCAAAACUGCGGAAGUAACAUCAUCACAAACCUCGAUCAAGAGUUUCGGUCGGACGGUGAAGAACGUCGGGCUCUCACGAACCCAGCCCAAGGCGGACCACAGCACGGACACGGAACCUAUCGAGAUCUCAUCGGAUGAGGAUGACGAUGAUGCUGAUUUUCCGCCGUUAGUGCCUGGUAAGCCAUCAGCUUCGAGCAUCUCCGCGAGAAAGUCUAACAGUCCGGGCCCGGCGAAUGAGGCGGGCGUAUUGAGUGACUUUGAUAGCCCGUUCAACGAUCGACCGUCCUCAAAGCACAAAGACACGUCUUCCCUUCUGACUACGAACGUUCCUCAGGAGAAAACCAAGCCAGUUGCGGUGGAUAAGCCAGAGGUGGGACGUACCGAUUUCGUUCUUCGCACCGCCACCACCGCAGAAGAAACUACACCUUCAUCACCAACACCAACACCAACCACUACAACCACAACCACAGCCACAGCUGCAGCUGACCCGAGCACUAAACCAUCCGGAACCACCACAAUUUUCAUACCUCGCACCACCCCCGGCCGAGAAGGCUACUUCAGGACUAUAGAAGUUGACCGGGAUGAAGCAAGUGCAGUGUUGGCCGCCCACAACAGUCCUGAGCAGCAGCAGCGAGGUGCUGGCCGAACGGGGAGACGGGCGUGGCGACAGAGCGAUCUCACGAUUUAUGACCUGACCGGGGAGGAUUGA